UGUAGGUCUUUUCGGAAAAGGUCAGCUGUGGUGGGGAAGGAGGAUAGAAAGGAGCUGUUCGCACCGCCCUUCUAGAAAAAAAAAAAAGUGUAUUUAUAGAUUCAACAUGUUGACACUAAAUAAGAUAUUGGGAGUUCCUUGUAGACUGGCCAAAUGGCAAAUACAUGGAUUUUUAAAAAGUUUUACUUUUCAUCCUGAAAAACAGUUACUUCAUAAACUUGUAUUAGGAAUUGAAACCAGUUGUGAUGAUACAGCUGCUGCUGUGGUGGAUGAAACUGGCAACAUCCUAGGAGAAGCAAUACAUUCCCAAACUAAAGUUCACUUAAAAACAGGUGGGAUUAUUCCUUCAGUAGCACAGCAGCUUCACAGAGAAAAUAUUGAAAAAAUAGUGAAAGAAACUCUUUCUGCCAGUGGAAUAACCCCAAAUGAACUCUCAGCAAUUGCAACUACUGUUAAACCAGGACUUGCUUUAAGCCUGGGAGUAGGCUUGGAGUAUAGCACGCAACUGGUAAAUCAGUACAAGAAGCCUUUCAUUCCUAUUCAUCACAUGGAAGCACAUGCACUAACUAUUAGAAUAACUAAUAAAAUAGAUUUUCCUUUCUUAGUUCUCUUGGUCUCUGGUGGUCACUGUUUACUGGCCAUAGUUCAAGGUGUUUCAGAUUUUCUUCUACUUGGAAAAUCAUUAGAUAUAGCACCGGGUGACAUGCUUGACAAGGUAGCAAGACGACUUUCUUUAAUAAAGCACCCAGCGUACUCUACCAUGAGUGGUGGCAAGGCUAUAGAACAUUUAGCCAAACAAGGAAAUAGAUUACAUUUUGAUUUUCGACAUCCCCUGCAUUUCUGUAGAAAUUGUGAUUUUUCUUUUUCUGGACUUCAGACUGCUGUUGACAGAAUGAUAACACAAAAGGAAAAAGAGGAAGGUAUUGAGAAGGGAGAAAUCUUGUCCUGUGCUGCUGAUAUUGCUGCUGCAGUACAGCACACAGUAGCUAGCCACAUUGCUAAACGAACACAUCGUGCUAUUUUAUUUUGCCAACAGAAAGGUGUCCUAACUCCUUCCAAUGCAGUGUUGGUUGUAUCCGGAGGUGUUGCAAGUAAUUUAUAUAUUCGAAAAACUUUGGAAAUUGUAACAAAAGCAACAAAUUGUAUUUUAUUAUGUCCUCCUCUCAAACUUUGUACAGAUAAUGGAAUUAUGAUUGCAUGGAAUGGUAUUGAGAAAUUGUGUGCAGGAUUGGGCAUAUUACACAACACAGAAGGUAUUCGAUAUGAACCAAAAUGUCCUCUUGGAGUUGAUAUAUCAAAACAAGUUCAAGAAGCUGCCAUAAAAGUACCAAGUUUGAAGAUUUGAUCUUUGAUUUUCCUUAAGAAAAAAAUUUUAAAGUUUUAGAUACAUUUCUGUGAAAGCCAUUUUAUUUGAUCAAAGAAGGAGGAGGAGGAGGAGGAAGAAGAGGAAAAGGAGGAAGAGGAGGAAAGAAAGAAAGACAACAAAAACAUUAAAGAGUACAAAGGUAAAAAAAUUAAAACUUGUGAUUCAUAAUGUUUGCCAAAUUUUGACCAUAUUGAAGAAUCAAAGAAUUUGAGAAUUAGAAAUAAUCUCUGAGAUCACUAGUCCAAAUGAAAUGUAAAAGGAAGCCACACUCUUAACAUACCUGAAAGGUGGUAAUCCAGCCUUGGAAGCACCUUCAAGGAUGAGGCACCUGUGUUUUUCUCCAAUCCUCUGAAAAAAGAGCUAUCCUGAAAGCUAUAGUACUGAAAAUCCAUUUUAGCUCUUCUUUUUAUCUUUAUUCCCUG